GGCCCUCACUCCUGUGCCUGUUUCGCUCUCUUUCGCCUUCCCUUCUCCCCCUCUCUUCUUCUCCUGUUCGUUUCCUGUUGGUCCAUCCGCCAUCGAUUCCACGAGAAAAAACCCUCGGCUUAGAUCGAAUGGAGUUCGAAGCGCGUUGAGGCACACCGGGACGGCCCAAGAGAGCCCCAGCGGCGAUCCGAUUGCGGUCCCUUGCUUCCUUGUUCCUCGUCCGGAUCUCUAUAUCUCUUGGACUUGUUCGGCUUGACACCCUCGUCCCGGUGGUGGAGCGCAAACGGCGUCCUUGAUGGUAGCCCGAUCAGAGGUACUAGGAUGAGGAAAUGGUCGGAGCGGAGCCUGAUGGAGCUGUACGGUCUCGAUGGGACCAUCGCUGAGCCGUAGGCAUUGUUCCAAAGCAGUUCACGGGGCCAGGGAUCUUUGGACGAGUCAGAUAGUGAACGUCAGGUGAUGGUUUUGGGCAAAUUUACAGACCAAAACAAAAUUAUAUUUGUAGGUGAUAUGAAUGUGAAAUCUGGUACAUGUAAUGUUUGCUCUGCUACUUGCUCCUCUUGUAUGCAUCGGAUUGCCGCAGCAAUGGAGUCAGAUGGUGAUUGUGGAUCCUCUGAUAAUAUCUUUGAAAGGAAAGAAGCAGAUAGUCGUUCUUUUGUUGGUGCCAAAUGUGGAUCUUGUAAUGAUCUGCAAAUUGCAGCUAGUGAAACAAGCAAUUUGUUGAGUGGAAGUUCAAGUCAUGAUUCAUAUUCUGAAAAUGCAGAUAGCAAAACAGUAAGAAAGUCUACUGCAUAUGAUACUUAUGAAGACAUUGAUAUACCCCUAAAGGUUUCAACUGUUGAAGCAGUCAAGGAAGAUAAGGUUCUUCGAAAUGGCACUGCUAGUCUUGGUAAUGGAACAUCAUGCAGCUUUUGCAGACCUGAUUUUGAAAAUGGUGCAUCAGCUAGAGAGCAGUAUGUGCCAGGAAGUCAUGGGAAUAACGAUUCAUGCAUUACUGGAGGCCGAGAUUCCAAUCCGUUACUUAUAAAUGAUAAUUUGAAACUGGACAUGAGAGAUACACCAUGUAGUUCAGUAUCAACAUGUAAAUUAGAUGCCAAAGAAACUGAAGUGCUGAAUCAAGUUGAAGCUACUUGCGAAUAUGAUGGUGGUUUUAUGGAUGCAGGCUGUGGUAACUCAGGGAAGCUCAGUACAUUCCCUGGAGAAUCAUUUUGUAAGAAGAGUGACAGUCUAGGCCUUCAUAGCAAGUCUGACCUUACAGAGGCUUCCACAAGAAAGAAUAUUUCUCCACGACCAAAUAUAGAUUUCCAUUCUCAAAGUGAGCAUAUUUCUAGUCAUAAUGCUGACUCCAAAGAUAUGGAAGCAUAUCCACCAUGCCAAGUUCUGGAAGAACCUUGUAAGCGCUUGAUAGUUGACGAUGAAUCCUCAUAUCAAGGACUGACAGCUGCUGGUAGUGAUCAUGCGCCAAAGACUAUUAUGCUCCCAAACAAUGAAGCUAGCAAAGCAAUUCGGAUCAGACGUGACAUAUCUUCUGGAAAAUUCAUGAAUGAAGAUGGAUGCUUUGAAUCUGCUUCUGGCUUCGGCAGUUCUGAAUGCAAUUUGCAUGAGUCUGGAAAACCACAGCAGUCACUUCUUCAUGGUCAAGUUUCUGAAUCAGAUUGCAUGUUGUAUGAUGUAAAAGUAUGUGAUAUAUGUGGAGACACUGGCCGGGAGGAGCUUCUUGCUACUUGCAGUAGAUGCAUCGAUGGUGCAGAACAUACUUACUGCAUGAGGAUUAUGUUGGACAAAAUUCCUGAAGGAGAUUGGCUAUGUGAAGAAUGUUGGAUGAAGGAGGAACUUGAGAUGAAAAGGCUGGAUAAAACUGAGACAUUUUCUGGAAAAUUAAAUGUACAAUGCUUGAAUAAGAAAGGCGAGAAUAUUGGGAAGUCCAUGAACCCUGAGAAUUUAGCAAACUUGAACACCAAGCCAACUGACCCUGAAGCAUGUGGGUCCAGUAAAGAAAUGCAAAAUCCAAUGGGAACUCGUAAAAGACACACAUACCAAAUGGAUCUAGCUUCACCAAUGGUCAAGAAGGUUUCUGAAACGGCUGAUGAAGCUUUGAAAGCAGCAAGUCCUAAAAUAUGUAGUGCCUUCGCUCAUGAAAAUUCAUCUAAAAACUUUCAUACAGCUGAAGUAAAGCGAACCAAUAUGGCUUCAUCACUUGGAAGUCAGUAUGCAAAGAGUUCCUGGACCUCUUCUCACUCGCCUUCCCUUGGCUAUAGCUCUUCAAUUGUUAAAGAAAAACUUUUUCCUUCCAAGGGUGGGUCUGCCUCAAAACAAGUUUCUUUCAAGAAGAAUGUGGAACCAAAAGUUGAGCAUUUGGCUGAAGGUGUUCACCAAAAUCUAGCUAAAGAGUCUACACCAAGAAACACACAAUAUCAAUCCUUGGUGGAAACUAUCAACAAAUCUGCUUCAUUCAACAAUAAUAGCUCAGGCCAUCACAACUUCCAAUCAUCUGAAAAUUAUCAAUCAAUCAAGUCACCACAGGAUGAGGACCCUGGAAGUCUUAAACCAAAGAAAGAAAGAAAUGUAACAGAAAGAAAGAGCUCCUUUGUUCUUGAUCACCCAUUUGCCAGUCCACACGUAGGGAGGAAGUCUCUGCCAGAUCUGGGUAUGAAGGUUGCACUACUUAACAGAAACUCAAGUAAGAACCUUGAGCCUAGCAUCCUUGGAACUAGCAAAGGAUUGAAUAGAGAAAAUGAUGCAGAGUAUAAAGAAGUGAAGCAGCGGCAGCCAUCAUUGAAAUGUAAAAGUUAUGGGAUCUUUGAUUCUGAGAAUCGAAAGAGGGGUAAAUUUGUCAAUGAGGAACCUGUUCACGCAAAUUCUGGUGCUAACAAUAGAUCAUAUAAUGAUGCCGGUGGAGUUACAAGCAGUGUGUCUUCUUUUGCAGAGUCUUGGCAUCAAGCUCAUUCGAAAGAUAAAACGAAGAGUAUCCCCAACACAUCAAGGCUCACAAUUUCAGGAGGCAAGAGUGCAUUAUGUUCUGGUAAAUUAACAAAAGCAAGCUAUGCUACUCAGUGCCACCAAAUUGACAAGCUUACUUUAUAUUCUGCAAAGCCUUCUGCUGAUGUGAGUUUAAUCGAUGGAACUAGCAAGAGAAAUAGGUGGAAAGAUGUGGCCAAAGCUGCAAUGUCAAGGAACAACAAAAGUAGAAUAGUUGAUCAGUCUGAGUGUAGAUUGUUAAGCAACCAUGUAAAUUCUGAAGGUUCUUCCAGAAGUUCUUUGACGAGUUCAAUUUGUCAGAAGAACUUUCCUUUAGAAGGAGCACCUGAUGGAAAAGUGAUCCUGAGAAGCUCUGACACCGACUAUAGCAAAACAGAUAGUGCAGCUAACAUGGGGCAAACAGAACAUUCAACCAAAUCUUUAUGUAAUUCUGGAGUAGGGGACUUGAAUGUCAAUCCUACAAAUUUUGAUGAGUUGAAUGAGAAACCGUCGACUCAGUCUUUGCCUCAUCACCCUUCUCUACUUGCGACUAUCUCUAGAUCAGUUAUAAUCCCAGAGCAGGAAUGCAUAUGGCAGGGUGCUUUUGAGAUUUUAAAAAUUGGAACAAUUACCGAAAUUGUUGAUGGAAUUCAAGCCCACUUGUCAAUGUUUGCAUCACCGAAAGUGCAUGAAGUAGUGUGCCAGUUUCCAUGCAAAAUCCAAUUAGAGGAAGUUCCUCGGGUUAGCUUGUGGCCGUUGCAGUUUCAGGAAAUCAAUCCUAAAGAAUUUAAUAUUGCACUAUAUUUUUUUGCUAAAGAUUCUGAGAGUUACGAAAGAUCUUACCGGAAGGUGUUGGAAGCUGCAAUAGAAAAUGAUUUAGCCCUCAAAGGGAACAUCAGCGAGGUGGAGCUUCUUAUAUUUCCUUCAAGUAUGCUACCCGAGAGUUCGCAACGUUGGAACAUGUUAUUUUUUCUUUGGGGUAUCUUCAGAGGAAGGAAAUCAGACUCCUUAAAGCCUCAUACUGAUUUGCAGGAGCUCUGUGAAUCAACGAUAAUCACAGAUCCCACUGUUCAAGAAUUAUCGCCUUCUCAUACUGGUGAAUUAUCUACCUUUCAGAAACAUGAUUCCCAGAAGUAUCCACCAAAAGAAUUUUCGAGGGGAAAUGAAUCAUCUGGGCCCAGCACCUCUGGCCCUGAUGAUAUCUGCAAGACACAGAAUUUUUUAUACAAGGCAGCCGGUGAAAAAGAGAGUGGUGAACUUUCAAAUCAUAAUUCAGAUUUGUGUCCCAGGAUCUACUCUUUUGAUCUUAAUGAGAUAUGUCCAGCAGUAAAAAGCAAUGAAACCAACCUGGGGAACUUGGAUGAUGUUGCUGUUGCUGGAAAGAUUCCCGGUAUUCAUGCAAAUAGUGUACGACAUAGCCUUAGUGGAUCAUUGCUUGGAUAUUCAGCUUCUUCUUUUGGACAAGAUAAUGGAGGGACAAGAAAGAUUAAAGAGAAAGAAUGCUCAGUGAUAGAAUUUGGGACUAAGGACAAUAUAAUGAAAAUUGAUUGCCUGAGCUGGGGAUCAAAGCCUAAUAUGAAACGUGCACACACUUGCUCAGCCACAUAUGGUGAAGCAUCACAGAGCACUGAUGGAGCAAAUACUUGGCAGGAGAAAGCAGGUUAUUUCUGUUCAGAAGAUGACCUAGAACACAAAAGGAUGAAACAUUACAGCGAAGGACAUGGUACCGGUAGUCAUAGAGAUCAUAGUAUCGAUGGUAGAUCACCAUUUAAGGUACAACCAUUUGUGACUAGCUACUUACAUGAACAACAGCAAAGAUAUGGUGUCAACUAUGGCAUUGUGAUGACUGAGAGCUUAAGAUGCACUGAAAGGAGCUUCUUUCCGGUGGAUGCAUGCCCUCUUAGGAACAAUGUGGUGGAGAACUUCGGGUACUUCAUUUCUCGGGACGAUGAGGCCUCACAAGAGCCUGAUACCCCAGAUCUUGAACUAUCUCUGGGUGGUAAGAAGCAGUCAUUGAAGAAGGAAAUAUUUGCGUCAUUUCAUCCUUCGGUUGAUAAGGGAGGACUAUAUAAGCUGUCUGGUUCCACCUUUAGCGAAGAUGAUACGUCGGCAUGUCUCUCUCUAUCUCUUACCUCUCCUGACAUGGAGAAAAAAAAUACAGAAAAUCCUGUUCCUAAAGAAUUGCAUCGUGGCAACACUAUUCUGAAUCUGUUUGGUGGCUCCACUGACACUUGAAUCCACCGUCAAGUCCGCAUACCUUCGACAUUAGUGGCUAACCAUACUGUGAAUCGAACAUAGAGUAGCAUCAGAAGCCUUGAGCAUGUGUUUAUAGCCUACAAGUUCUCUUUUUUCUUUUACCUUUCCUUUUUGUUCUCUCUUUUUCUUAGUUCUUGAUUUGAGGAGUGAAGUGUCACGGUUUGGUUGUACAUAAGAGAAAGAUGGCAGCACACUGGGAAUGUCAUGCGGUACUCCUUAUAUAAGACAACUGUGAGGCUUCGUAGUUGUAUACUUUGUUCGGAUAUGAUCUUAUAUACAAGUUCUUUUAGUCGAUGAUGCUAAUUA